AAAUUUGUAAAAUCGAAAAAUCCAAUAUUUUCACAAAUAAUGUUGGCAAUAAAAAGAUAGGUUGACAAGACUGAUCUGCUCGAGUUUGUCGACUGCUAAUUAUGUUUUGACAAGUACACGUAGCUGUUACCUAAGUAUUAUCAAAACUCAUAUUUAUGUUUUUUAAUGCGAAGAGAAAUUCACGUAGAAAUUCUGAUAUUGUGAAAAAAAAGGAUAUCGAAAAAACGUCCCAAACAAAAUGUUAUUACAAGGCUCACCUAAUGGUUCUUCAUUCGACUACGUCAAAUAUGAAGAAGAAUGAGUUGGUUUGAUGCUACAGGAUUUGCCAAUUUGGCAAAAUCUGCUCUCAAAGAAGCUCAGAAAACUAUAGAUAAAGCUUUAGAUAUUAAAGAUGAAGAGGAGAAGGUAAUUCAAACUCAUACAGAUGAACCAUCAGACUUUUUUGCAACUUGGGAAUUAAAAAGCGACGAAGAAAACAAUUCACAAACUAAAGUAUUGAAUCAAAAACAACAGAAUACUAGCAGUAUAUGGGGAAGUUUCACAGGAUCAUUUUUUGAAAUUCCUAAAUUUGGAGAUAAAAGUACAUCAAGUAAUAUUAAACAUUCCAGAUCAUUACAAAGUACAUCUAUAGAAAAUGUAGAGAAAUGUCAGCUUACUCCAUCGACGUCUCUUCCUGGAAACUUAACUAGCGAAGAAGUUUCUGUUCUUUUGAAAGAGAGUGAAGAGUCACCUACAAAUAUUUCAAAAAUACCAUGUGAAAAACCUAAUGUUAAUGCAUCAAAGAAAUCUACAAAUGAAAUUCUGUUAGAAUCUAGUAAACAAGAUGAAAAGUAUUCGUCAGAAAAUACGAAUACUAUUAAAGUUGAAAUACAUGAAACACAAAAGGAUAUUAAUACGGUAAAAUGUAAUGUGAUAGAAAAUGACAUUACUCAAAAUUUAGACGAUGUUGUUAAUAAAAAAGAUAAUAAAAAAAAUAUCAGAGAAAAUGAAGUGGAAGAACAGAAAAAAGAAGUUAAUCAAGAAGAAUCGAAUGCAUGUAAUACAUUAAAUAGAAUAUCUAUCAUUUCUUCUGAUAGUGAUAAAAAGAGUUUAGAAAGUGUAGAAAUUCUUGGUUCUCAAUCAAACACAGAUUGUACUACAACUCCAGAAUCUGAUGCUAAUUCGGUUAGUGAUUCGAUAGGUCCAUGUGCUGUAGGUCUUAAAGUGAAUUCAGAAUCAGUAGAAAUAUUACCAGAUAGUCUGGUAACAUCUCCAAGUUCUGUAGAAAUUCUAGGAGAAUGGAAAAGUGAUAGUAGUCCUUAUUUAUCGCCUAUAGAACAAAAACAUUCUGAAUCGUCCUCUAUAUUAGAUAGGGAUGAUUCUACUACCCCUUGUGGAGACAAUAUUAAUAUGUGGGGAGAUGAAGGUAAUAUUAUCCAAAAAGACGUUUCAUCUUCUAAUAUAUCUCCAUAUUUAUCUAUGGAGAAAAAUAAAACAGAUCCUAAUAAUACUAGUAGUACAUCAUUACACGAUAAUUCUGUCACUUCUCAAACAAGUAAUAGUUUAUCUGUCAUAGACAGUAAUAAAGCUUCACCAGAAAGUGUUGAAAUAAUACCAGAUGUUGAUGAAUUGGAUGAAUUAAGUUUAGCUGAAGAUUCUUAUACCUCUGCAUCUGAAAGUACUGUGAUGACUAUUAUGGAAACAUUUCAACAAUAUGAUCAAACAAAACAAAAGCUGGAGUUUACUGGUAUGAAUGUUAAAAUGCAUGAAUCUUAUCAGGAAGGCAAACAAGUUUUACUAAAAUCUUCUAUGGAAUCACAAUUAAAUACAAGUCUUGAUUCUUUAAAAGAAAAACACAAUUUACAUUUACCAUUAGAACCUAUUACAACUCAACCAAUUCAUAAAUCAGAACAUCUAGAGUCUGUAAGCAAAAUAAUGGAAGUAGAUCCAUUUAGUCAAUUAACGAUAGAACCGCCAGAACUUGAAGGUGACAAUGAAAAUGAACAGUUGCAAAGAACAGAAUCAGUUGAAUGUAAUGAUCAAGUUUUAAUUUUAACAGAUUCUAGUUGCGAAGGAACGCUGAUUGAAAGUAGCUCUGAAGAUAAUGCAACAUUAGUUUCUUCUGCUGCUACUAAAGCUGUUGAAACCCAUUUAACUACUAGCUCCUAUGUAAAAACAAUGUUAGCAGAUGCAAUGGUAGAAAAGCAUGAAAUUAUAGAUGUACAGACUCACUCUACAGAUGCGCCACGUGAAAAUUCACCAAUCUCUUCAGAAAGUUUUAGUCGUUCUGAUUUGGUAAAAAUUGGAUCUGAUCAAACUAGUGGACAUACCAGCGGAGAUGAACUAGAAACUACAACAUCGAGUGAUAUUGAAGUAAUAUCCAGUCCUAAUGGAGAUUCAAGUUCUACUCAGUCAAGGCAAAGUCCAGCUAAAUUACAGAUAUCCAAAGGAAAUGAUCUGUUGACAAAAACUUUGAAGACAAGAGGUCAUUCCAGAGAACUUAGUGAAAUUAGUAUAGGCUCAGAUGAAACCAAUUUAGAAAUAGAAAAAUUAUUAAAACGUAUACAAGAAUUAACUGAAGUAUUAGAAGCGCGAGAAUCGAAAUUGAUUGAUGUUAGCAGAAUAAAUAUGGAAUUACACGAGCAAAACAAUAGUUUAAGGAAACAAUUGGAUAGUUUUGAAAAACGUGCAGAACAAAGUCAAAACUUAAAUCAAAUCACAGACGAGUAUACGCAACGUUUGUCAGCUUUGGAAAGAAAAUUUCAGCAAGCUAUAAGAGAAAGAGAUACUUUACGAAAAAAUCUAGAACAAUUGAAGCAAGAAGCAGCAACACGGUUGUCCUCCCAAGAAAUGUCUAGUAUCAAUGCAGAAAAGGAUGAAAUUAUUAAAGAGCUUAGAGAAGAAGGAGAGAAACUUAGUAAGCAACAAUUAUUGCAUAGCAAUAUAAUAAAAAAAUUGAGAGUUAAAGAAAAAGAAAAUGAUGCUCUUAUCAAACAUCAAAAAGAACUUAUUGAAGAACAAAAUUCAGAAUUGGAAAGAUUAAAACGAUCGUUACAUGCAAAGGAAGAAGUCGAACGAACACAAAUAGAAGCUGUGCAUACGUUGACAGCAAAAACAAAGAAACAAGAAAAGGAAAUUUUAACUUUACAAGAAAAAUUAGAUAAUGCAUUGCACAAAAUGGAUGCUUACAAAAAAAGUUUAGAAGCUGCAAAAUUGGACUUAACAGAAACAAAGAAGAAUUUAAUAGAUGCAGAACAGGAACUCAAACAAGCUGUAGACAAUGCCAGUGAAUCGUGUCAACUUUCUGCACAAGUAGAAGAGCUCAAAAUUAAGCUGCGCCAAACGGAAGAAGCAAAUGUUAAGAAAGAAGAGUUCCUUAAACAUGUGAAUAAUACCUUAUUGAAAAGAUUAGCAGAUGCAGAAGCAAGAAGUGAAGAAUUAUCUGAAUCUAUUUCAACAGCUACAAAACCAUUAUUAAGGCAAUUGGAACAAAUUCAAGCAAACUUGUUACACAAAACAAAUAUUUACAUGAAACAGGAAAAAGUACUUAAUGAAAAUAAUGCUGAGUUACAAACAAAAUUAGAAAAUAUACUAGAAAUAUAUCGUGGUUUGAACGAAGAAAAUAUAAAACUCAAAGCUAAAAUAUCUCAUUUAGAAUCAAAAAUGAAUGCUAAAAAUGUAGAGAAAGAACGAUUGGAAGAGCAAAAUAAAAAAUUAAUAGAAGAAAAUAAAACUCUUGCAGAAGAAAGUUUACGUCAUCAGCAAAGUGUGGAAAUGCUUCAACAGUCUCAUUCAAAUCAGAUCACUGAUCUCAAAAGAGAGAUAAAUGCAUUAGAAAAUAAAGUAGCUAUUGAACGUGCAGCUACAGAUGCAGAAAAAAGAAAAAAUCAUGCUAUAUUAGAACAACAACAAAAUAUCGACGACGAACUUAGACUUAGCCCUACUCUUAGUAUUGAGAGAGACUCUGUGAGUAGUGCAAGUAGCGUAUGGCCAGCUUUCAGCGAUUCAGUAUUUGAUAAUGGAUCAGGAAGGUUCCCUGCAGUUUAUGGCAAUCUUAGAGCAGGAUCCAAUAGUACAUCUGUGUUCGAAAACUUACAAGCACAAUUAAAGCAGCGAGAUGGUGAAAUACAACAACUUCAAUGGGAAUUAUCACGACGUAACAUUGAAAGAGAUGCGCUUAAUGCAGAAUUAUCUGUAUUAACUUUAAAAGUGGAAGAUUUAAGCAAUAAAAUUAUAGAAAUACAAGCUUUAAAUGAAAAUCUAAAUGAAAUACAGACUAGAUAUGACGCUCUAUUGCAAAUGUAUGGAGAAAAAGUGGAAGAAAAUCAAGAGCUACGAUUAGAUCUUGAAGACGUCAAGGAUAUGUAUAAAAGUCAAAUUGAUCACCUUCUUAAAAGGGAUACUUAAUCAAAAAUGUUUUUGAAUAAUAUAUAUAUAUAUAUAUAUAUAUAUAUAUAUAUAUAUAUAUAUAGACACACACGUACAUACAUAACUGUGCUGCCCAGAUAGAUUUAAACAGAAAAGAGAAAUUGUAUUUAAUAUGCCUUAUACACUUACAUUGAGUGUAUUGAAACCUAUGCAAUUUAAAUAAUUUCUCAAUUUCUAGAUGUUUGCAUACCAAAAGAUAUUUUAAGAUAAAAAUGUGCAAAUAAUACUGGACAGCAACGAAAUAUAUAAAUAUACAAUUAAGAAACUGAAUAACAGUAGUUAUUAAUAACAUAUAUAAAAAAAUAUAGGAAAAUCAUUUUAUAAGAAUCAAUGAAAGUCUCUUCUUAAAGAGUCGAUCAUAGAUUAUGAAAUUUAAUAACAGAAGUUUUUGUCAUAUAUUGUCUAUAAUCCUCCCAUAGCUGUUAUUUGACGCACUUAUUACAUGAUAGAAAUUUUCAUUUAUUAUUAUUAAUUUUUAUUCGCAUAUGUGUAUUAAAUGUAUAUUUAUAUGUAUGUACAUGAUAUUGUCUCUAUUUGAAAAAAAGAGAAUAGAGGAAUGAGGACAUGGGAAUAUAUUAUGUUUGAAUAUUAUAGUGUACAAUUUGAAUUACAAUGAAAUUUAUUCAAACUCAUAUUCGUCUGUCCUACCUUCUGUUACCAUACUGAUUACAAUGAAAUUUUAUUGCAUAAUCAAAUUUGGAAUUGCAUUAGUGUACAAACAUAAAACUAAAUAUACUUCAUUAUAUAAUGA